AUGAAUUUCUCAGAUUACUUUAUCAACACUAUUGAAAAUCAAGCCCCAUCCAACGAAUCACUUGAACUGCUCGCAAAAUUUAUGAAUGAUGAUCCUCUAGAAUACGCUUCAAAUCUACUUUCAAUAGCAAUUAAUGGUGAUUUCGAAGACAAGAUUAAAAUCAAUGCAAUUAAAGCAUUACCUGCUCCAAUUAGAUUGAUCAAUUCAAAAAAUCUGCCUUUGAACACAGAGUUCAAUAUUUACGAACAAAUUUACAUUACACUUGAACCACAUUUACAUAGGAAUGACUAA